GCUAUCGCGCCGACGCUAUUUUGCUAAACAGUUUUAAGUUGGAGACAUUAAAAUGCCGAAGAUAAAUCGUACUUAUUGCGCAGUCUAUGGCUGCCUUAACAACAAUAUCAAGAAUCCGGAUUUUUCAUUCUUUUCAAUACCUCGUGAAGCAGAAAUUCGUCUACGCUGGCUACAAGUAAUAUGCCGAAUGGACCUGACCAGUUAUGGCUACCACCGCGUGUGCGAGGAGCAUUUCAAGCCGGAAGACAUCUUGGUGAAGGCCACGAGGAGGCUGCUGAAGAAGGAUGUUAUGCCGACCUUGAAGCUGCCUGUUAACGUUGCCGGUGUCCAAUCUCCUGCAGAAGAAGUAGAAAUCAAGCAAGAAACUGAAGACUAUUUCUCAGAACACGACGACGAUAUACUGGAAGCCCUGGAAAACAGAAAACGACAGAAUGAGUCUGAUCCUUUAGGUGAAUCCAGCAAGAAAAUUAAAGAAGAAAAUCCAGACUCUGACGUACUUUCUUUAGAUGAUUCUCCAAAAUCAGUAUUUAGUGAGAUGAUAGACGAAAUGCAGAAAACAGAGGGUUUUAUUUCACAAAUGGACGAAAAUGAAAUGGAAACUAUACAACCUGAAAUAAUAAGAGAACAGCCAAUAACAAAAGCCAGUCAGAAAUUUAAUUUUAGACCUAUUAGGCCUAAAGAAACGCCUGAUAUGCCUUCAGGAUCAAAACUUAAAGAGUUAUUGACAGUAGAUAUGAAAAUUAACAGGAGAGAAAAGGAGAUUUUUCCUAUUGAUUUCAUGAGCUCUGUGCUAAGCUCACAGCAGGAGAUCCUGACGAUAUUGAAGAGUCAGGUGUUGCUAGAGAAUCCUGAUCCUGAUUUGCUAAAGUUUCUCAGGUUGGUAGGAAUGAGGCUUUCUCGACUCUUUCCCUUUCAAAGGAAAAGGAUGCAGAAUGAGAUUAUGAAUAUUUUAGAUAAAAAAUAA